AUGCAACUAAAUUAUAUUUUGAGUUUUGGGCUGCUUUUUACCAUUCUGCCUUUGGUCAUUGUUGAAAGCAAAGCACCUCAUUCCACCACGGGCUGCUGUCAUAAAGAAACCCUAUCUGGAGCAAUUGACAGCCUCUUCAUCAAGGCCAUGAGAUUCAAAGCAUCCAUCCCAGCGGAUUUCAUCAAGAACAUAAAACUGCUAAAGAAGAAAACCAAAAAUCUAUUCAUGAAAAACUGCCCAUUUCGAGAGCAACUGAUUUCAUUUUUCAUGGAAGAUGUUUUCAGGGACCUUCAAUUUCCCUCGAACAAAGAGAUGGGUUUCAUUGAGGACUUUCGUAGCUUUGGAAAGAAACUGAAUCUCUGUUUUCCUUGUGUUCCUUACACUGGGGAGAUGAAGCCCAUCACCAGAAUUAAGAGAGUAUUUUACAAGAUUGGAAACAAGGGAGCCUACAAAGCUAUCAGUGAACUUGAUAUCCUUUUUCUCUGGAUAAAAACUUACCUAGAUGGCAUAAACUAA